UCAUGAUGCUUGCGCAACCAUGCUUCACUGCCAAAUUGUAACCUCUUCAGCACAUUUCUUUUUUUUCAACAGUGGGACUUUGCGGGGGCUUCUUGCAGAUAGCUUGGCUUCACAUAGGCGUCUUCUAAUUGGAACAGUACUCACAGGUAACUUUAGACCUUUGAUCUUCCUGGAGCUGAUUGUUGGCUGAGUCCUUGCCAUUUUGGCUAUACUUCUAUCCAUUCGAAUGGUAGUUUUUUCGCUUUCUUCCACGUCUUUCAGGUUUUGGUUGCUAUUUCAAAGCAUUUGCGAUCAUUUUAGCUCAGCAGCCUAUCAU